CCUCCUCUCUCUCUCUCUCUCGCUCUCUCUCUCUCGCCCCCUCUGCAUCUCUCUCUCGGCGUUGGAUGCCUUCAUCUCUAAUGGAGGCUUCGGGGUCGCUGAUGGCACUCGGGCCGGCAACCUCGCCGUUCCUCAAGGCUGCGGCCUCGAGGACUGGUUCUAGGCGACAGUUUUAUGUGAGAGCCGGUGGGUCGGGUAACGAGCGGAAGAUGGUGAUUAAGAAAGAGAAGAGCGGGUGGAAGAUCGAUUUCUCCAGCGAGAAGCCGGCAACCCCUCUUUUGGAUACCAUUAACUACCCAAUUCACAUGAAGAAUCUCUCAGCAGAGGAUUUGGAGCAGUUGGCAGCAGAGCUGAGAGCAGAUAUAGUGUAUACAUUAGCUAAGACUGGUGGUCAUCUAAGUGCCAGCUUGGGAGUGGUGGAGCUGACUGUGGCUCUCCAUCAUGUGUUCAAUACCCCUGAAGACAAGAUCAUUUGGGAUGUUGGUCACCAGGCCUACCCACAUAAGAUUUUGACUGGAAGGAGGGGAAGGAUGCAUACUAUCAGGCAGACCUCAGGCCUUGCAGGGUUCCCCAAAAGGGAUGAGAGCAUUUAUGAUGCCUUUGGCGCAGGGCACAGCUCUACAAGCAUCUCCGCUGGCCUUGGAAUGGCAGUGGCUAGAGAUUUACUAGGGAAGAAGAAUCAUGUUAUCUCUGUGAUUGGGGAUGGAGCCAUGACUGCUGGCCAGGCUUAUGAGGCCAUGAACAACUCAGGAUACUUGGAUUCAAACCUUAUUGUUGUGUUAAAUGAUAACAAGCAAGUUUCUUUACCGACUGCAACCCUUGAUGGACCUGCCACUCCGGUUGGAGCACUUAGCAAAGCCCUCACCAAACUUCAAGCCAGCAACAAGUUCCGUAAGCUCCGUGAAGCAGCCAAGACUAUUACAAGGCAGAUUGGGGGUUCCACACAUGAGGUUGCUGCUAAGGUGGAUGAAUACGCUAGGGGAAUGAUAAGUGCUUCGGGGUCAUCGUUAUUCGAGGAGCUUGGUUUAUAUUAUAUUGGUCCUGUUGAUGGUCACAAUGUCGAAGAUUUAGUUACUAUUUUCCAAAAGGUGAAGGCUAUGCCUGCUCCUGGACCUGUCCUUGUCCACAUCGUGACAGAGAAAGGAAAAGGAUAUCCCCCUGCUGAAGCUGCCCCCGACAAAAUGCAUGGUGUUGUCAAGUUUGAGCCUAGUACUGGGAAGCAAUUCAAGACCAAGUCACCCGUUCUUUCAUACACCCAAUACUUUGCGGAAUCUCUCAUUAAAGAAGCAGAAGCCGACAGCAAGAUUGUGGCCAUCCAUGCUGCCAUGGGUGGCGGCACAGGCCUCAAUUAUUUUCAGAAGAAGUUUCCUGAAAGGUGCUUCGAUGUGGGAAUCGCCGAGCAGCAUGCCGUCACGUUUGCAGCUGGUUUGGCCACCGAGGGCCUCAAGCCUUUCUGCGCCAUCUACUCAUCAUUUCUUCAACGAGGAUAUGAUCAGGUGGUGCAUGACGUGGAUUUACAGAAACUUCCUGUCCGUUUUGCAUUGGAUCGGGCAGGCCUCGUCGGCGCCGAUGGACCGACGCAUUGUGGAGCCUUUGAUGUCACGUACAUGGCCUGUCUGCCCAACAUGAUCCUCAUGGCCCCAUCUGAUGAAUCCGAACUGAUGCAUAUGGUUGCAACAGCAGCAGCCAUUGAUGACAGACCCAGCUGCCUAAGAUUCCCCAGGGGAAAUGGAGUUGGAGUAGCCCUUCCUCCAGGGAACAAAGGCACCCCUCUUGAGAUUGGGAAGGGGAGGAUUCUGAUGGAAGGCAGCAGAGUCGCCAUCCUUGGAUAUGGUUCGAUAGUUCAGACGUGUAUUAAGGCUGCAGACUCGUUGAGAAACCAUGACAUUUAUACCACCGUGGCCGAUGCUCGGUUCUGCAAGCCUCUUGAUACAGAGCUCGUAAGGAGACUGGCUAACGAACAUGAGAUCCUGAUCACAGUUGAGGAAGGCUCUAUUGGAGGUUUUGGGUCUCAUGUUGCACAUUUCCUAAGCUUGAGCAGUCUCCUCGAUGGACAUCUCAAGUUGAGAUCGAUGGUGCUUCCGGACCGAUAUAUCGACCAUGGAUCACCUCAGGAUCAGAUUGAAGAAGCUGGGCUUUCUUCGAGGCAUAUUGCUGCGACGGUGCUGUCUCUUUUAGGGAGGGCAAAAGAGGCUUUGCAGACUAUGUGAUAUAGUAAACAUUUUAACGUGCAAAAUGAAAAAGAAAUGCAGGAAUCCGUCUCCAUCCUGUGAUCUAUCGAUACCCAACAUAUUCUUGGGGUCGGUAGGAGCCUGGAGAGGGCUAGAUGCCAAAAAACUCCUUUAAAUUGUCAAGUCUUUUAAUCCAAAAUGAUGCUAAGAUAGAUGACGGCUGCUGUUCGGUUAGAAGGAAUCCAAAGAGCCUCUUUUACCGAAGGCCUGUAUAUUCUGAUUUGUCUGGAUGUACUCUGCUUAUAUUGCCUUUAAAUAAAAUAUAUCUGUUAAAUAA